CCCAUUGAGGAUCAGAGAGGGGGGAGUGAGAGGAGUGAGGGACUGGGAGUGUUGUGUGAAAAGAGUGCAGGCCAACCAGCGAGACAAAAGAGGCUGCGGCUGCAUUGAAUGUGCCGGUGGUGUGUCCGUCUCCGAAGCCACAAGCAAAUCACAUUUCCCCCCCUCCCCUUCUGGCCUGUACGGAAGGCGAAGAUACACCGGAGAGGGAAAUUGCGAUAUUGUAAUUCUGCUGGAAAAGCGCGAAGUUGAGGACUUUGGAAGAAAGAAAAGAGCUUGUUUUUGGACCGGGUGUUCCUGCUCUCCUCUGCCCGUCCUCACUACACGGUGCGCGGUUGGAGAUAUAACCCAGAACAAAGGAGUCUUGAAAGCGAGGAAUGAGCAAGCCGAGACUAGCUUUGCCAUUACCUUUGAAACCGGGCCAAAUGCCUCUCUGAGACCAACAAUAGUACAUCGGCUGCUCGUAUUUCUCGACGAAGCUUUCCGCCUGAAAAGCGAGAAAGAAGACGGACAAAAAAACCGCACACGGAGACACAAGUCGGCGGCUACAAUGUUUCCCCAGAACCGACCACCGUUGGCUAUGCUUUUCCAAUCUCAGGCACCUCUCCAGCCACCCCCGGGGUCCUCGGCCUCAGUGGUGGCCGCCGCAGCAGCAGCAGCGGCAGCAGCGUCGGGGCAGCCCCAGGCACUGAAGCUCACCUACCCAGAGACCCUGGACCGCAUCAAGGAGGAGUUCCAGUUCCUCCAGACCCAGUACCACAGUUUGAAAAUGGAAUGUGAGAAACUGGCCACAGAGAAGACUGAGAUCCAGAGGCACUACGUUAUGUAUUACGAGAUGUCCUACGGCCUUAACAUUGAAAUGCACAAACAGACGGAGAUUGCCAAGCGGUUGAACGUGAUCUGUGCUCAGCUCAUCCCAUUCCUGUCACAGGAGCAUCAACAACAGGUGGUCCAGGCCAUGGAGCGCGCCAAACAGGUGACCAUGGGGGAGCUAAAUGCUUCGAUAGGGCAACAGCUCCAGGCCCAGCACCUCUCUCAGCAUGCUCAGGGUUUGCCGAUGGGCCCUCACCCGUCAGGACUGUCCCACCCCGGGCUGGCGCUGGGGGGGGGGUCCAGCCUGCUGGCGCUGUCUGGCGCUCUGGGGGCUCAGCUGGCUGCCAAAGAUGAGCGAGCUCACCUGGAGGCAGCCGCCGCCGCUGCCGCCGCCGCGGAGCACCACAGAGACCGUGAAGCAGGACCAAGCUCUCUGUCCAAUGGGGAUAAGGGUCGGGCGGCAGAAUACCUCAGCAACGGCAAGAAGAGGAAAGCUGAGGAGAAGGAGUUCAUGACUGACUAUGGCAGCGAUGCGGAUAAGAGUGAUGAUAAUUUGGUGGUGGAUGAGGACCCCUCGUCCCCCCGCAGUGUGCAGUCCUACUCGUCCAGGGAGAACGGCCUGGACAAGAUGCCCCCGUCCCGUAAAGAAGCCCCGCCCCAGGCCAGCCCGGCCUCCCUGGCCUCCUCCAGCAGCGCACCCUCCCCGUCCCGCGGCAAAGAGCCCCCACAGAGGGAGAAGUCCAGCACUCCAGGUAUGAAGCCGGGGACCCCCAUGUCUCAAGAGUCCAACACCCCGGGGCCCAGCGGACCCCCACAGUUCAGACCUGUGCCCGGCAAGCCUGGUGUCGACCCCCUCGCUCUGGGUCUGAGGAACACCCUGGCGGUGCAGGGAGCGUACCCUCCGGGGGCGUUUGGCCUCCCCCCGGGGGUGAACGGGGACCUGGGGGUGGCGGCGGGGUACGGGGCCGGCCUCCACCUGGUCUCCCCACAGAUGAACGGAGCGGCAGCAGCAGCAGCAGCAGCAGCAGCCGCCGCAGGAUACGGACGCUCCCCUGUGGUGGGCUAUGAGUCUCCACACCCGCACAUGAGGGGGCUUCCUGCCAGCCUGCAGUCAGCCGCCGCUGGGAAACCAGCCUACUCGUUCCAUGUGAGCGCAGACGGCCAGAUGCAGCCGGUUCCCUUCCCCCCCGACGCCCUGCUGGGCCCGGGGAUCCCUCGGCACGCCCGUCAGAUCCACACCCUGAACCACGGAGAGGUGGUGUGUGCCGUCACCAUCAGCACCUCCACCCGCCACGUCUACACCGGAGGAAAGGGCUGCGUGAAGGUGUGGGACAUCAGCCAGCCGGGGAGCAAGAGCCCCAUGGCCCAGCUGGACUGUCUGAACAGGGAUAACUACAUCCGCUCCUGCAAGCUGCUCUCAGACGGACGGACCCUGAUCGUGGGGGGGGAGGCCAGCACGCUGUCCAUCUGGGACUUGGCCACGCCCACUCCUCGCAUCAAGGCGGAGCUGACGUCGUCGGCGCCCGCCUGCUACGCUCUGGCCAUCUCCCCCGACAACAAGGUCUGCUUCUCCUGCUGCAGCGACGGGAACAUCGUGGUCUGGGACCUCCACAACCAGACGCUGGUCAGGCAGUUCCAGGGCCACACGGACGGAGCGAGCUGCAUCGACAUCUCCAACGACGGCACCAAGCUGUGGACGGGGGGGCUGGACAACACGGUCCGCUGCUGGGACCUCCGGGAGGGACGGCAGCUGCAGCAGCACGACUUCACCUCGCAGAUCUUCUCUCUGGGUUACUGUCCGACAGGCGAGUGGCUGGCUGUGGGAAUGGAGAGCAGCAACGUGGAAGUCCUGCAUGUCUCCAAACCUGACAAGUACCAGCUGCACCUCCACGAGAGCUGCGUUCUGUCUCUCAAGUUCGCCUACUGCGGUAAAUGGUUCGUGAGCACAGGCAAAGAUAACCUCCUGAACGCAUGGCGGACACCUUAUGGAUCCAGCAUAUUCCAGUCUAAGGAGUCUUCGUCGGUCCUCAGCUGUGACAUCUCUCCUGACGAUCAGUUCAUCGUCACCGGCUCCGGGGACAAGAAGGCGACAGUCUACGAAGUUAUCUACUGAUCUCUGAUUGGCUGAAAAAAAAAACUAAUAAUCAGGGGGCGGGGCUGAGGCUCCCUCCUGCACCAAUGACUGUACAGAGCUUCGGUGGCAUGGAAAACAAGAGACACUCAACUCGUACUUUGUUGUUUUGUUUACGUUUGUGAAAGAAAUGAGAAAGAGAAGCAAAGGGGGCACAAAGUCACAUCUCUGGAAAAAAAACAAACUCUGUUUUUAAUGCUCUGAGAACGCUGGUUAGUCUAUAGCUGCGCAAAAUGUGGGAUUCCUCCAAAGAACUUUUGCUUUUGUUCCUUUUUUUGUUCCUUUUUUUAACAAAAUAAAACCUCUGUAGUGAACAAGAAAUUAGCAACAAAAAAAAAUCUUAUUUUUUUAGCCUUUGAAUUUUUCGCAAACAGUUGGACUGCAUCAAGUGGAAGAAGACAGAUGUGUGGCUGAGGAGGGGGGGUGGGGGGGGGAAGGGUUCAGGGGCUUAAUGGAAAAAUACUAUCCAUAUCUGUGCUGUGUAAAGAGUCCCAUCCUGGGUCAGCUUGGCCCGGCUUGGCCCGGUCCGGAUACGUGCCGCUCCUCGGGGCAGCAGAUGUGUGACAGAUGUGUGGCAGAUGUGAAGAUGGCGUGCUCUGAGGUUCCAGCUAUUUUUCUUUUCUCUCCUGGCUAAGUUUCAUGAGCAGCAACAUGAUUGUAUCAUCUCCAGUACUCACAAGACAGCACAGGGCUUCUUCUAAAGUCUCCUGAGAGUUUGUCUUUGUUCCUUUCCCGUCUUUAUAAAACAACAAAGCCAGACUUAUUGUGGAAAUAUGUUUAGGGAAAACCAGCCUGACACCGGAAGCCACGACCCUGAAGACAGAAGUGAGUUCAAACCGCUCACAGGAGGUGAACUAAAUACAUAUUUGGGCCUCUCUCUCAACAUUAAAUGGGUUUUUUAAAUGUAUUUGUUAGGGCACAUAUAAGGCAGACAGGUAUUUUCACAACUGCAUCAUGAACCUUGCUAUAUAUGGACAUGUAAAUAAAGUUCUCUAAAGGCAAACGAGGAUGUUAUCUGUGACUUGGGUUUGCUUUAAGAAAACUGCCAGUGUGGGGAGAUCUCAAAUCUGCAUUGGAUAACUUUUCCUUUGUUGUGUUUCACAGAAAAAACUAUUAAACAGCUUCUUAAGGAUGAA